AUGGAGCCGGUGGAGUUUAUUCCCAAGGACGGCUGGCAGGCGGAGGGGGCAGAGUCUGGUACCAAGUUUGAAGACAUUGAUUUGAGCGAUAAGGAGUUUUCGGAUUACGACGAGAAGGCAGGAGAGUCGGUGAGCAUUCUCAACAUUGAGUCUCAAAUAAAGUCCGCCGCAACUGCCGGCGCGAUGGAUCCCCUGCGGGAGGGCUUUGAUUGGCUGCUGCAUGAGCUCGGCGGAGCGGACGCGGACGAGUUUGCCGCGGGCGGAGGGGACGGCGCAGGCGCGGGGAGCGCUGCACCGAUGGACGGAAGCAUCGAGGCUUCGCUGGAGGAGUCCGGGUUCGCGGAGCUGCUGACUUGGCUGCGCGAGAAUGGCGCGGAAGGAGACGCGCUGACCGGAAAAAACCUCAAGCUGAAGGUGUAUAAAUUGGAGAUUCCAGACGACUCUGGCUCGAACACUACGACUGAAGACUCUGGGAUUAAGGAGGUGGGGGAUGGCGACCUCGCCGCCUGCCUGCUGCUGCUACAGCAGCAGGGGGAGGGGGGCGAGCCGGGGAAGGGAGUGGCGGAAGGAGAGGGGGAAGCUGCGGGGGAGGGGGAGGGCGCGGGGGAGAGCUGGGGAGCGCAAGUGGCUCCUGCUGUGCUGCCGGCGCUGCUGGCGUCCCGCACGGCCCACCUGCUGCCCAUGCUCAGAAACGACCUCCCCCACCUGCCCCUCCUCCACCAGGCCUUGGCUCAGAGGCAGCAGUACGAGCACGAGUAUGCCAACUGGACCGCCACAAUUAGCACCACCACUGGCAGCAGCAACAGCAGUGCUGUGUCGCUGCCGUCGCUGCAGCAGUUUCUGGCGACGGUGGCGGCCGUGAGGGCGCUGGCUCUGCCCAUGCGCCUGCCGCCCCUGCCGGAGGGGGAUGCGGAGGGGGAGGAGCAGGGGGGCAGGGGGAAGAAGGGCGGGAAGAAGGGCGGAAGGAGGGGAGGGAAGAGGCAGAAGAAGCAGAAGCAGCGGCGGUUUGAGCUGACGGUGGUGCCUCUCGUGAAUGCUGUAGCGCGGGCCAAUGAGAGGAGCCAAGGGAACGUGCGAUGGGAGCCAGCUCACCCAUGCGGGGUUCCACCUGAGGGCGUCUGCCUUCCCUUCUCCCUUACAAUCCCUUUAUCCCCACCCCACCCUCCCCCCCUCUCUCCCCGCAAUCCGCAGCUGACCCACGCGGGGUUCCACCUGAGGGCGUCGGAAGCCAUUCCCACCGGGGCUGCCCUCGUGCUGCCUCUCAACGGCGGCCUGCCCGACCCGCUGCAAGCAGCAGCAGCGCAUGCAGGGGCGCAGGGGACAGCAGCAGACAGGGAGAGCGAGGAGGAGGAUGGGGAGGGGGGAGUGCACUUGACAUCAUUGGAGGAGGUGGAGGAGGCAGACAGCCACGUGUCGCCGGUCACGCUGCUCUCGAACGACGAUGCCUUCCUCUCCCUCGGGAUCAUCUCCCCCUGCUCCGCCUUUGAUCGCGUCCAGCUCUACCCAUCAUACGAUGCGCUCAGGCAGAGCGUCCUCAGUGCAGCGCACGUGAACCCAGACUUCAAGCCGUCAGCCUUCAUGAAGCUGGCUGAUCGCGUGCGCACAGCGCUGCUCAAGGAGGUGCUGUGGUGGGGGAGGGGAGGAAAUGGCACUCACACCCACACCCCACCCAUGCCCCUAUCUCCCCUCUCUCUCCCCUCCCUCUCCUCCCCUUCUCUUUCCACCCUUUUCCCCUCCGCUUCCCCCCCGCAUCAGCUCUACCCGUCAUACGAUGCGCUCACGCAGAGCGUCCUCAGUGCAGCGCACGUGAACCCCGACUUCAAGCCAUCAGCCUUCAUGAAGCUGGCUGAUCGCGUGCGCGCUGCACUGCUCAAGGAGCUCUACCCGUCAUACGAUGCGCUCACCCAGAGCGUCCUCAGUGCUGCGCACGUGAACCCCGACUUCAAGCCGUCAGCCUUCAUGAAGCUGGCUGACCGCGUGCGCACAGAGCUGCUCAAGGAGGUGCGCGGGGUGAAGCAGCAGGUGCUCUCCACCCUGGUGCAGGAAAAGCUGCUCGCUGCCGCUGUGCGGGCCGAGAGCGGCCGCGGCGUGGGAGGGAGAGGCGGCAAGGGGGAGAGAGGAGGAGGGGUGAAGGGAGGAGGAAAGGGAGGAGGGAAGGGAGUGGUUGGGAAAACGGAGGAGGCGGGGAAGGAGGAGGAGGGGUGUGGAGGGGGCGUGGUGGAUCAGCUGCUGUUCUGGGAGAGGCGACGGGCCAUGCGGCAACGGUACCGGCAGCGGCAGAGGAAGCGAGCCGCUGCCCUGCUGGCUGAACUAGAGGCUGAGAGGGCAGAACGAGGCGAGGUAGAGGGAACGGGCAAGGGCAAGAAGGGCAAGAAGGGGAGGAAGGGGAGGAAGGGGAGAGGAGAUGAGGAGGAAGAGGAGGAGUGGGGGGAGGACGAGGAGGAUGCGGUGGAGGGUCUGUAUGUGUACUCGGGUGGCAGGAUGGACCCUGAGCUGGUGGCGUACUUCAGUGCCGUUGUGCUGCUGGCUGCCACAGGGCAAAUGCCGUUGUGCUGCUUGCAGCUACAGGCCAAAGUAAGUGAGUCGGGCUUUGCGGCACCCCUCAGGCUGCCUCAAAGCCCAAAGGGGGAUGCGGUGGAGGGGCUGUAUGGGUAUUUGGAUGGCAGGAUGGACCCUGAGCUGGUGGCGCACUUGAGUGCCGUUGUGCUGCUGGCUGCCACAGGCCAAAUGCCGGACGUCAUCUCCUUGGCGCGUGUGAGCGUGUCAUACGCAUGGAACCUGGACAGCAUCACAACAUGCACGUAUAUGCCGCUGCUCUCCGACCCCUCCCACCCACUCUACAUGCACGUCCCCCUCGACCCCACCAACCCCUCCGCCUCGCCGCCGUCACCCGGUAACCACCCGGUGGUAACCGCACUCUCGCUCGCCCUGGACGUCACUGCCAGCAGCCUGCAGCGGCCGAUAUCAGAUCUCAUGACUGCAAUGAUUGCUCUCGACGAGGUCGGGCGGCGACUGAUAGAGACGGAGCCCAUCUGCCACAUGGCGCAGCACUCUGAGAUUCUAUCCGAGACUUUGGAUAAGGUGAGUGACGCUCGGCUGAUAGGGACAGAGCCCAUCUGCCACGUGGCACAGCACUGGGAGAUUCUCUCCGAGACCCUGGAUAAGGUCUGCAAACCGUCUUUCUUCACGGAGGCAGCAGCAGUGAAGCCCGUGGUGGUGCUCCCCUUCUCACCUCCCUCACUCCCCUCCACUCCCCCUCGCGCCCCCUGUUCCCUUCAACUUCCCCUCUUUCCUCCAUCCCAGGUGUGCACGCCGGCUUUCUUUGCGGAAGCAGCAGCAGUGAAGCCCGUGGUGGCGUUUCGAGCCAGCAAGCGAGACAUCCUCGCCUUCCUCUCCUCCCGCCUGAAAUCCUCCUGCUCUGUCCAAUACCCCCACGAAGCCCAGGCCGCUGCCACUGCCGCCACCGCCGCUGCCGCCCUAGGCAGCGGCACGGGAGGGGCAGGAGGAGCAGGGGAGGGAGGGGAGGUGGGGGCGGGGAGGGGAGGGGAGAGGGGGGAGUGGAGUGAGCUGGCGAGAGAGGCGAUGGAGGAUCUGGAUGAUGAGGAGCGGCUGGAGGAGUUUGUGCAGUGGAUUCGUGAGAACGGCAUCCCUGACUUUGCUGCUCCAGGAUUCAUCUUCCAGCUGGUGUAUCGCAACUCCAAGCCAUCUGGUGCAAAGGCUGUUGCUGACACCUGGUUGAAGCCCAGGCGGCAACUGACAGUGUAUGCGGGGCAGGCGCGCAAGCAGGCAGGGGAGCACAUGAUGACCAUCCCUCGAGCGCUCUUCCUGGCCACAGACAAGAUGCUGCAGGACGGAGUGCCCUACCAGGGGCCUGUCUGGUCCACCGGCAUGGCCGCUGCAUGGCUGUGUCGUGAGAUGGUGAAGGGCAGGGAGUCGUUCUGGUGGCCGUACCUGCAGUUCCUGCCUCCCUCUGUCGGCCUGCCGUUCUUCUUCAAGCCGGAAACGCUGAUGGAGCUCGACUCACCUGCUUUUGUACAGAAGAUAUCCACCCAUCUGAACAACUACCGGUCGGAGUACAACCGCAUUGCACCGCACUUACGUGCCAACACCACUUUUUUUGAGUACCUGUGGGCCGUCUCCAUCAUCAACUCGCGCGCCUUCGGGGACCAGACGCGCGGUAACACGGUUACCGUCAUGGUGGAGGGCAAGGAGCAGGAGGUGCCUCUGGCGAGCGGGCCCUUAGCGCUCGUGCCGAUAGCGGAGCUGCUGGACCAUGAAGACAUGUUCCAGGCUCAGUAUGAUAUUCAAGCAUCACAGUUUGAGUUCAUAGCUUUGAUGCCAUUCACCAAGGGCGCCGAGCUGUUCACGUCAUACGGCCCCAAGGUGAACGAGGAGCUGCUGCUGGGCUACGGCUUUGUGCUGGACGGCAACAAGCAGGAGAACGUGCUGCUCUUCCGCACGCUGCUCGAUGCAGUGAACCUGGUCGCCCUCGUCCUGCACCACGACGCCGCCCGCCCCGGCGAGUGGGUGGCGGGCCCGGGCGGCUUGGGUGGGGCGGCUGGAAAGGGCGGCAAGGCAGGGGAGGUUGGGGAUGUGAGUGAGUGUCACGAGGGGAGUGAGGGAGAGGGAGAGGAAGAGGAGGAGGGGAAGAAACGGACAUGUGCAGCGAAGUACGGGGAUGAGGCUGUGGAAGGUGGUGGUGCGGCUGUGAGUGCAGAGGCGGGCAGCAAAGGGGAUAGGGAGCUGAAGCAGGGCUUGGCACGCAUCUGGGGAGAAGGGCUGGGUGACUGGCUGGUCAACGAGGGUACUGAUGGUGAUGCGGAUGGUGAUGCAGAUGGUGAUGAUGAUGAUGAUGAUGAUGAUGAUGAUGAUGAUGAUGAUGAUGAUGAUGAUGAUGAUGAUGAUGAUGAUGAUGAUGAUGAUGAUGAUGAUGAUGAUGAUGAUGAUGAUGAUGAUGAUGAUGAUGAUGAUGAUGAUGAUGAUGAUGAUGAUGAUGAUGAUGAUGAUGAUGAUGAUGCCAAGGCAGUAGAAGCAAUUGCCAGGGAGCGUGCAGAGGCAGAGAAGCAGUUCGUGCACGUGGGGGCCAUGCCUCAGUACUUGGCUCGGCAGGAGAUCAGGAGGGAGAGCGAGGCAGACGAGGUGAAUGGCGGAGUGGAGGUGCUGGCAGGGAAAUACAAGGACCCCAGUUUUGGCGUGUCGGUGUGGCGAGGAGGGAUUGUGGAGCCCAACCUGCUAGCUGUGUACGCUGCUGUGUGGUACUACCUCAAGCACCAGUCAGGGGAGGAGGGGAUGGGGGGAGGACGAGGGAUGAGAGAGGCGAGCAACGGGGUGUGUGUGUGGUUAGGAGUAGCGGCAGGGGGUAUGGAGGGAGAGAGCGAGGCGGACGAGGUGAAUGGCGGAGUGGAGGUGCUGACAGGGAAAUACAAGGACCCGAGUUUCGCCGUGUCUGUGUGGAGAGGUGGGAUCGUGGAGCCGAACCUGAUGGCGGUGUUUUCUGCUGUGUGGUACUAUCUCAUGCACCAGUCAGAGCCCCCGGCCGACAUGGCCAAGUCAGUGCUGUAUCUGGGCUGGGGAGGGUCCAACAGUGGCUGUCGGGACCCACAUGUUGAUAGCCAAAUCAUGCAUUCACCCCUCACUCUUUCUCUGCUCUCUCCCCUCCCUCCGUCAGAGCCCCCAUCGGACAUGGCCAAGUCAGUGCUGUACCUGGGCUGGGGGCCCCCAUCGGACAUGGCCAAGUCAGUGCUGUACCUGGGCUGGGGGGUGAGCAACAGCGGCUGUCGGGACGUGGCCUCUCCCUUCUCCAAUGUGCUGCCCGCCCUGCAAGCAGCGGCCGACACCGUUCGUCUGCUAGCGCAGGCGCGGCUGCAGCAGAUGCCGACCAGCAUAGAAGAGGACGAAGCGAUCCUGAGGGAGCUGGAGCGGUGCAAGAGCGGCGGGAAGGCGGGGGAGAGGGAGAAGGAGGGGGUGAAGGGUGGGAAAUUGGGCAAGGAAGGAAAGAAGAAGGUGGCGCAGAGCAAGCAGCAGCACAAGGAGAAGUUGACAAGCGUGGAGGAGGAAGUUUCUGCGAAGCGUCUUAGCCGGCACCGGCGCCGGCGUGCUGUUAGCGAGGGGAGGAUCAGCGACGACUACAGUGAUGAUGACAACAGCGAGAGCGACAACAACGAGGAGGAGGAGGGGACGGAUGCUGAUUUCAAGAGCAGGAGCGAGGAAGAGGAGGCGAUGGACUGCGACGCGUGGGAGAGAGAGCAGGCCAGCGGGGAGAGCGAGGAGGAAGGCAGCGGGUCGGAGAAUGGGAACAUCGGCGGCGGUAGUAACGGGGGUGCGAAGAGGAUGACUGUGAUGGGGGUGCGGUGUGGGUGUGAGGAGCUGAGGGCUGAGGCGGAUGAGCGGAUGGUGGCGGUGCGAUUCCGGAAGGCCAAGAAGGCGGUGCUGAAAGAGGUGGUGGACCGGCUAAGAAAGGUGUGCCCCGCCUCCCCCACUGCUUUCCUCUGA